AUGGCUAAAAAGCGCUCCGUAGACGGCAAAGAAAAGCAGGCAAAAGCCGCAGGCGGCACGCAACCUAGCAAGACACCAAACGCACGGCAACCAUCAACCAACUCCAACCAGACGAAAGAGCCUCGCCACAAUCCAGAAGAAGAUGCGAGGAGGAAAAAGCAGAAACUGGAUAACCGUAAAGCUGCUGUUCCGCUAUCAAAGGAGCAACCUCCACAAAAACCUUCGAUUGCACAACAAACCGGUCAUGUCCGACAUUCAAAAUUACCACAGCUACCUGAUCACGUCUCAAUUAAGAAACGACCCAUUCGCCACCCCGCUCCCCCAUCUCCCUUCUCAUCAGCAUCAAACCCCAAAACUCUCUACAUCACACACUCCACACCCUUCAUACCCACGCUAAAACGAGUCCGUCGCCUCUUAACUGAGAUCACAAAGCGCCAUAAGCAAUCUGAAUCCUCACAAAAACACUCCCGCUUCCGCCAACGGCACAGCAACCCAGCGCCAACACGCAGCGGACUUCUAGAAGCCAACGGCCGCUUACGACCUGCUGAUGUCGAGAAGGAAAUUGCGGAGGGAAGUACAGGAGGUAGAGGAGGUGUGCCUGCUAUUGCAGUGGGUGAAGAGGAAGUUUUCCUGAAAGCUACUGGUAGAGCUAUUGAAAGGGCGUUGCAGAUUGGUGUGCAUUUCCAGGGAGAGGAUGAUUGCAGGGUCAGGAUUGAAAUGGGAAGUGUGAAGGCUAUUGAUGAUAUCCAAAGACCGCGGAAUGAGAAACGGACAGGGAAUGACGAAGAGGAGCAGGUGGUGGAGAAGAAGAAGCAGACUGUGAAGGAUGAAGAUAUACCUGAGACUAGGAUAAGGACUUUGAGUUCUGUCACGGUGAUCGUCGGGUUAAAGUGA